AUGACGUCGAGUAAAGUAGAGGCGAUACAAUACCUAGUGGAUACUCGGGCACUAUGGCCGGCCGCUACUAAGACGAGCGACCUGGAGGUUGAGGCGUCUCGCCCUUUGGCGCUGCUUACACAGGAUGAGCGCGCCCGCGUGCUGAGAUACCAUUUCGUAGCCGAUGCGAAGAUGUCGCUAGCUUCUCAUCUCCUGAAGCACUGGGUCGUGAGCAAGUACUGCGGCGUGCCGUGGUGGGACACGAAACUCUCGGCGGACAAAAACGGGAAGCCAGUCUUCAAGGACGCCGCAGGCCGACAGCCCGUCGUCUUCAACGUCAGCCACCAGGCGGGGUUAGUUGCGCUCGUGGCGGCACAUGGCUAUGACACCGCCAAUGGCGGAGACAGCAGUAAAGUGGACAUCGGUGUCGACAUCGUGUGCGUCAAUGAGCGCGAGCAGCGCGACCUCAGGAUGAUCCGCACCGAGGGGUGGGCCCGCUUCGUCGACAUGCACGCCGACGUCUUCGGCCGCUCCGAGGCCGCUUACCUGAAGACGGGGCUCGCGACGCGCCCCGCGUACGCGGCCCUCCGGACAGAAGACGAGAAGAGGAGCUACAAGCUCCGCGCCUUCUACACCCUCUGGUGCCUCCGCGAGGCGUACGUCAAGAUGACGGGGGAGGCCCUGCUGGCCGAGUGGCUCGGCGAUCUCAUGUUCGAGGGCUUCGAGCCUCCCGAGCCCGGCACGGCGUUCGCGCAGAGCGAGGACGACGACCCGAGGCAGAUCAUCCGCGAACAUAAUGUCGUUUUCAAGGGCGGCAAGGUUGAUGAUGCGAAUAUCUGCAUUCGUUCCUUAGGCCCGCAUUACAUGACUUGCACGGCUGUGCGGACGCCGGAGCGGAAGCAGGAUGCGCUGGGCUGGCAUUUGGGGCCGUUUCAGUUUCUUACUAUGGACGAGAUUGUGGCUGAUGGCGAGGCUACUUCGGCUUGA